AUGUCUACCGCAACUACUUUAUCAAAAGAAAAUAAUACAUUAGGACUUGGCUUGUUUAAUUCUCAAAAGACUCCACAACCAUUCACGGAAAGUCCCAAUCUUCUUCGAUUAGUACCACGUGCUCUUGCUUGUAAGGGAAAUGCUUCGGUUAAACGAAGCGCUGCUCCAGUCUUCCGCCAAAUUCAAUAUGAGGAAUCUGGAGAGCUUGAGGAUUUUAUCUCCCAACCGCAAUUGGGAGGGAAAAUUUACAAUUUACGUGAUGAAUUUGAAUGUAUUACUGUUGAUACUCCAAUUGAUAAUGAUACUACUCCUGUUGCUGAUAAAAACCGACCAACUACAAGUUGUAAUGGAUUUACUCAUGUAACUGCUGAAGAACCGUGCAACGGAGUUGAUAUGACACCCAAAUUAAUCAAAUCGAAAUCCGUAGAAAAUGGUGUCCCUAUUCGCACCAAAACACAAGUUGAUAGUCCUGCCAAUGUAGUCAAAGCCAGCUCUUUCCCAAAUACAAAUAUUAUAGGCAGCGAUGCUCGUGAUCAACAAUGGUUAAGAUCAAUAUAUUCUUCAUGUGAAAAUCAGAGACCUUCAACAUCACAUUUUAAUAAUGGAACUCCAUCUCGCAAAAGAGUUUUAUCUGACAGAUGUGAACAAGAAAGUCAAUUUCCAAAGGUUGAUAGAACUGCAAUAUUUAAUACUUGGGAUGGUUGUAAUGCUUUGAAUGGAAAUCCAUGCGCUUCUGGUUUGAUCAAUCCAAUGAACAAUUGUUUUUUGAAUAGUGUUUUGCAAGCAGUUGUGCAUCUUCCUCAUUUGGCUAGAAUGAUUCUUGAUCCAAAAGAUGUGAGAAUGUGCAGGAAAGCGUCAGUCAAAAUGAAUGGCGUUGACUGUUUCCAUUGUGGAUUGAGGGCUCACAUUCGUAGAGCUAUUGAGGCUAAGAAUCCUUUAAAUACAAAUUGGAUACAAACAUUUUUAAGAAAAAUUUUCCCUCAUCAUCGUCAUGGAUGUCAAGAGGAUGCACACGAAAUGCUGACACUUUUGUUGGGUGCUUUGGAGAUUGGUCCUCCUAAAACAACAUUAAAUGGACUUAAAGUUCAUGGAGUAAAUCCCUCAACUCCAAUAGAACAAAUAUUUGGUGGAAAUAUGCGAAAUCAAGUUGUUUGUAACACUUGCAAUGCUGAACACAUCAAUUAUGAAAGAAUUCGUGAAAUGAAUUUGGGACUGACACGGACAUAUAAUGCUGACGUGGUAACACUAAUUGAUGACUUUUUCAAAGAUGAACAACUCCAAAAUUUUUUCUGUUCAAAGUGCAAAAAGAAGCAAACUGCAACUAGACAUACUUUUUUGUUGAGUGCUCCAUGUGUUUUAAUUAUUCAAAUAAAACGUUUCAAUCCUUAUGGAGGAAAGAAUCGGACACCUGUGAGAGCAAAUAAAAUCAUUGAUCUGACCAAACAUUCAUAUCGUCAAGAACACUUUGUUUAUCAACUACACGGUCUCAUUCAACAUAUUGGUGGUGGUUUAAAUUUUGGUCACUAUAUUUGCGCAAUGCGUGGCUUUAACAACAGAGACAUGUUUUUGUUUGAUGAUUCUGAGAGAAAACCAAUACCUUUGAACUACGCCAUGGAGAAAAUGGAGCCGUACAUUUUGUUUUAUACUCGGUAUCAACAGCCAAAUAAACAAAUUAAACAAAUUCCUCGACGUUCAUUUGAAGGAUGUCAACCAAAUUAUGCCAAACAACCAAAAAUAGAUAAUUAUAAUAAUAACAAUACAACACCAACAGCAAAUUCUUUUAUUGGAACAUCAAAAAUGUUUAAUCAAACUUUUGGUUCAUACAUAAAUUAGUUGAAAAAAAAAGAGAGAAAAAGAGACGGAAAUUUAUAAAAAAGAAAGAAAAAUUUUAUUUAUUAGAAUUCGGGAAGAAUAAUCUAAAAGAUUUUAAAUCAACAUUUCUUGUUAAAGAUGGGGUUAUUUUUGG